AUGACAAUCGAUGAAGAAGCAGAUCAGGUCAAUACUCAUCCCGAAAGAGAACAAACCAGCAAGAAAAUCGAACAACGAGAAGUACAUUUGGCAAGGAAAAGGGAAAAGUAUUGUCGAUUUAAAACAUCAUCAUCCCACUUUGUUUCCAAUAUUCAUCGUGAUGAUGAUCAUCCAGUAGUCAAGCUGAGUCAAGAACAAUUUUCAGAAAAUAUUCAAUCAUCGGACAAUUGUACUCUUUCCUAUGAAUUGAGAAGAAAGAGCAUUCCAAAUUCAGAAAUGAUUUUAAACUUUCCUCGAUUAUCUCAAAGUUUGAUUUUGGGAUGUAAUAGUUUUUUAACAAUUUUGAGAACGGCUGUGUUGUUCAGAAAGAUUUUAUCUGAACCAAAUCCUCCAAUCACUCCAGUCAUAGAAUCAGGAGCGACCAUGCACUUUGCGAAAUAUUUGAAAUUUUCUGAACUUGAAAAAUAUUUUGACAUUGAUGUUGGUAAUCAUGAUGAGAACAUUUUUGCUGAGACCAAACUUGAAAAAAGACGUCAAAAAGUUGACUUGCAAAAAAUAUAUGCUUUACAAUUUGAAGCUAUUUGGGCAAUCACAAAUGUUGCAUCAGGAACUUCAGAACACACCAAACACAUUGUUGACAUUGGAUGUAUACCGUCACUUGUUCAAUUACUGGAAACAUAUAACAAUGAUUACAUAUUGGAACAGUGUUGUUGGGCAUUGGGAAAUAUUGCAGGAGAUUCAGCCAACAUGAGAGACUUUCUAUUGAUGAAUGGUGCCCUGCGAAAUAUUGUAAAUUUGGUGUCUAUGAGCCAAAGCUUAUCUGUUGUAAGAUGCGCGGCAUGGGCAAUUUCAAACUUAGUAAGGGGAAAUCCUAAACCCUCAGAAUACUAUGUUCUGGAAGCUCUUCCUGCACUGAGUCGAUUGAUAUUCUCAACUGACAAUGAAGUCCUUUCUGAUACAGCGUGGGCUCUUUCUUAUGUGACGGAUGGAGCCAAUGAUCGAAUUCAAGCUGUUAUUGACAGUAAUUGUGUGAAACAAGUGAUCACACUGCUCUCUCAUGACUCACACUCAGUAGUGGCACCAGCAUUAAGAAUCAUUGGUAAUAUUGCCUCUGGUGAUGAUGUCCAAACAGAAUAUUUAGUUUCAAUGGGUAUUUUACCAAUUAUCCACACUCUCCUUGUUCAUUCUAAAAAAUCAAUUCGAAAAGAAGCUGUGUGGACAAUAUCAAAUAUUUGUGCUGGUUCCCCAGAACAAAUUCAAGCUGCGAUUGAUGCUGGAUUGAUUCUAAAGAUUAUUGAAAGAAUGGAACAAGAAAACUUUGACGUUAAAAAAGAAGCCAUGUGGACACUUUCCAAUUAUUGUUGUGGAGCUAAUUUCAAGCAACUUGAAUAUAUCAUUGAAUGUGGAGUCAUUUCAAAAUUUUGUGAUGCGUUGAAUUCUUCUGAUCACAAGUAUAUUCUUGUUGCACUCGAAGGUUUAGAUUCGUUAAUGACUCGAUAUAAAGAAGGACGUGGAAAUGUGGAUCUCAUCAUUAAGCAAAUUGAAACCAACAAUGGAAGUCAAAAAAUUGAACAAUUGAUUGGACAUAGAAACAAGGAUAUAUCUGCACUUGCAACAGAGUUGUUACAAAUGUUGGAGGACACUGGUGGAAAAGAAGAGGAUGAUGAACAAUACCAUUUUGGUUUGGGUGGGAUGUUCUAA